GGUUAAACAAAGGCCUUAUGAUUAUGUCAUUCAAUUUUUGGCGGUUUGGCGGUUUGGCGGUUUGAUGGCAUAUGGUCCGCCGUCAUUAUAUCGUCCCUUGUCGUCUUAGCAUACUCACAUCAUAUCCAAUUAUUUUUCUGCCUUUUGUACAACAUCAAACUACCUCAUAAAAUUAGGUACCUCUUAUUAAACAAUAUACUUACUACGCUACAAGCAACAAGCAAUACGAAGCUAGUAAUCUAUCUUCCUUUAAAGCUUCGUUAGCUACUUACCUAGCUAGUGAUAACCAAUUCCCCCUAAUCCCAAGUCCGACCUAAACAAAUACCUAAAAGCAUUAUAAUACCUAUCUAUUCCACCAACUACCUGUUAUAAACCCGGAGUAAUUACACCUUUUCCUCACUAAUAUAAAUACAUACCUACACCUUAUCUAGGUACCUAGGUACCCACGUCUCAUCCCAUGAGUCCCUUCAACUCAAACGACACCGGCUCCGUCUCCGUCUCCGUCUCCGUCUCUGAAACCGCAACUCUCUAUAUCCACCUCACCAUGUCACAAUCCGAGAAAGAGGAGGCCGUCGCCGCCGCUCCUUUGUCUGUUCCAUUCCCUCCAGAAACCACUCCGGCGCCCCAACCCGUCUUUCUGCCCGGCAUGUCUCACGCCGCCGAAACCCCGACUCCGAGUCCGGUUCCGGCUCCCGCACCGUCUGCCAUUCCGAUACGGCCCAAGGCAGACACUGACACCGAAACCGCAGCGGACAAUUCUUCCUCCUCCUCUUCUUCUCCCUCCGCUUCUACCGUCGACCUCCCGCGUCUACGCCUGCAUAUCCAAGACGUCGCACACCCCGGAUCCUCCGUAUUCCUCUCCUCCGUGAACGCCGCCACCGUGCUACGCGACAGCAUCGACGCCAUCCACACGCACCUCUACACCGACCCUCUCUCCUCUUCCACUUCCUCUUCCUCCCUCUCCCCCCCGCCAACCCGCUCCGUAACCCUCAUCCUGCGGGACAUGGACGGCGUAGCGUACACGACCGGCGUGGACCUGGACCCGGAGCACCACAAGGAGAUCCACUUCUCGCUGCGGUACAUCUCGUCCGUGGCCCCCCCUUCCUCGUCCCGCCAGUCCGCCGAGAUCCGCGGCGUCCUCCUGCACGAGCUGGUCCACUGCUACCAGUGGAACGGGCGGGGCCGGGCCCCGGGGGGGCUGAUCGAGGGGGUCGCCGAUUGGGUGCGCUUGAGAUGCGAUCUGGCGCCCCCGCACUGGAGGCGCGAUCAAGUGCCCGCGAAGUGGGACGUCGGGUACCAGGGCACCGCCUACUUUCUUGAGUACCUCGAGAAGAGGUUCGGCGAGGGCAUCGUGCGCCGGCUGAACGAGAAACUGCGGGAGGAGGCGUAUGACGAGAAGACGUUCUGGACGGAGCUUGUGGGGGGAUCGGUGGAGCAAUUAUUUGAGGAUUACAAGAAGACGCUGGUAAAGGGUGCGUAGAGAGGGUGAGGGCGACUGGCAACUUCUAGACAUCAUGGGGGUUUACAUGCAUACAGAUCAAGGAUAGAACGAUGGACAAAUGCCCUAGAGACUGAGC